AUGUCCGAAGAAAACAUAGCACGAUAUGCCUCGGGAGGCUUCCACCCGGUCCGCAUCGGGGACAAGUUUGACAACGGAAAGUACCGUGUGCUACGAAAACUUGGGUUCGGGGUGUAUUCGACUGUUUGGCUGGCUCACAAUACACAGACGAAGCAAAUCGUCGCCCUCAAAAUCUUGACAGCAGAUACGUACGAUGGCAAAAAGGACUCAUACGAGCUUGCCAUACUGGACUGCAUCGUCAACAAACAGAAAGCAUAUCAAGGACAGCAAGAAAAUCGAAAAGAUCCGCGAGGUAAACAUGUUCUUGGGCUCCUCGACACGUUCAAGCACGACGGUCCAAACGGCCAGCACGUAUGUUUAGUAUUCAAAGCCAUGGGGCCAAACCUGAGCCAGCUCCGAGACUUGUUUCCGCGCCGCCGGCUUCCUGUACCCAUGGCGAAGAAUGUCGCACGGGACCUUGUGACGGCGCUCGCGUUUCUUCACGACGAAUGCGGAGUUAUCCACACGGACAUCAAACCGACAAACAUUCUAGUCGAAACGGCCGAGACAAACGAUAUGUUCCAGCAUGCGCCGCCUGACGUCUUCCAGCAACAAUCGGCGCCACUACCGUCGCCGCACGACUACUACAUGGCGUCGGAGCCAGUGGUUUCGGCGCACGAGGAUCUGACAGCCGCAGCCGCUGUCUCAGGCAUGUCAUUCCGCCUCGCCGAUUUCGGUACUGCCUCUUGGACGACCAAGCACCUCUCCGAAUGGAUCCAGCCGGACAAGCUGCGGGCGCCCGAGGUCAUUCUCGGUGCUGCCUGGGACAGCAAGGUCGACAUUUGGAACUUGGGCCUCGUUAUAUGGGAGCUGACGACGGGCCAGCUGUGCUUCGACGGACAAGCCACCGCCACAGCCGCGUACUCGUCUGAGGCGCACCUGGCGCAGAUGCAGGCGAUCCUGGGGCGCAUGCCCGACACGCUGCUGUCCCGUGCCAGCCGUCGUGACCGGCUCGAGAGCGGCAUAUCCUUCCCGUCGUUUGCGCUCGAGGAUCUGUGCGCUGGCAGUGGUGCUUUUGGUGAGGGCGACGGAAGCAAAGACGACAGAGAGGCCUUUGUGGCCGUUGUGCGAAGCAUGCUGGAUCUGGAGCCGCACAACAGACCAUGCGCGCGGGAUCUGCUAGAAUCCAGUUGGCUAAGAACAGCCAAGAUAGAGUAG